GGCCGAGGACAGACUCCAGGCGGUAGAGGCCCUGUGCUCCUCCCAGCACACCCACAUGAUUGAGUCGAAUGACAUUUCAGAGGAGACGAUCAGGACGAAGGAAACCGUGGAGGGCCUGCAGGACAAGCUGCACAAGAGGGACAAAGAGGUGACAGCCUUGACCUCCCAGACCGAGAUGCUCAGGGCCCAAGUACGUGCACUGGAGAGCAAGUGCAAGCCCGGCGAGAAGGUGGACGCCCUCCCGAAGGAGAAGCGGCGCCUGGAGGCGGAGCUGGAGGCCAUGUCCCGGAAGACCCACGACGCCUCGGGCCAGCUGGUCCUCAUCAGCCAGGAGCUGCUGCGGAAGGAGCGGAGCCUGAACGAACUGCGGGUGCUGCUGCUGGAAGCCAGUCUCCACUCCCCGGGGCCCGAGAGGGACCUGAGCAGCGAGGUGCACAAGGCUGAAUGGCGCAUCCAGGAGCAGAAUCUCAAGGACGACAUCCAGGGCCUGCGUGAAAAGCUGAUGGGACUGGACAAGGAGAAGCCCCUGUGGGAUCAGAGGCACUACUCCCUCAUCGACCCCUCCUCCUCGGGCGUGGGCCCGAGCUCCUGAGGCUGCAGCACCAGCUGAUGAGCACGGAGGACGCCCUGCGGGACGCGCUGGACCAGGCUCAGCAGGUGGAGAAGCUGAUGGAGGCCGUGAGGAGCUGCCCCGACAAGGCCCAGACCAUCUGCAAUUCCGGUUCUGCAAACGGCAUCCACCAGCUGGACAAAGCUCAGAGGCAAGAGGACAAGCACUGACCCCAAAUGGAUUCCGUGGAGUGGCCCAGUCCACACCAUAGCCCCCUGAAGCUGCCCAGUGGCACCUCCUCCAGGCAGGAGCCGGGACUCUCACUUUUGAGACAAAACAGUGUUUGAAACAAUAACGUACUCACCGCCGUGGACAAUCCCCACCCUGAUCCCCUGCCAGACCAGGAAGCUUCCUCAAGCCCAGCCUUCCACAGAAAGUGAGAGCAGUACAGCUCUGGCCUGACCUGGGGACCUUCGGCCCGGAUGCCUGGCAGCUUCUGGAGUUUGUCGGCGAAGGCAGAGGGAUCCAGCUAGGCCCAGAAGGAGCUGCCCUGAUGACCAUCUUAGCGCCCCUGUGCUCUUUUUCUGCCUGUUCUCCCUCGGGU